AAUGACUAGACGCUUGCGAAUAUAUGGAUUCUUUGGAUCGUGGAUACUCCUCGCAUUGUGUGGUAUUGUCUUAAACAUUUUAAACAUCGACUGGGCGAAGACGUCUACGCCAAGAGGAAUCUUCAUAAUAUUGGUGGUAGGUGUACUGCAAGGUUCUGUGAUGGAGUUCCCGGUAAUGACGUUAGCCACGCUUCUUCUUGGAGGCAACAGACGGGAAAAUAACUGUGCCUCCGCAGACCAUCUAUCGUUAGUUCUCAACUACAACCUCCUCGCCGUCAGCCAAGACGACAUCGACGAGUGUCUUCAAACCAUGUACAGCGCCUACAUGGGAAACCUGUCUGAGAAUGUAUGUGCUGUGUUAGUGAGCGCUACCAUUUCGGAGGAACUUAAGGCUUAUGAGCUGGAGGUGAGAGAUAAUUUCAGGGCUUUGGUGUAUAGUAAACUUUUCUGGGAAGGUAUAAAAUAUGCAAGUGGUAACAGAGACUUGAUUGAUUCUCAACGCUUGCAGCAUAUCUGGUCGAAAUAUGACGAUAUGGACACUGGUGAUUUUAGACGAACGUAUUUAGAGGACAUAUGCCAUCACUUCGCACAUAAUUUCAUGGUGAUACAUAGGGUUACCAAAGUCCUGAAGAAGUGUGGUCAGUAUCAGGAUUUAAUGCUUCUAUCGAAUGGGGAUACCGAAGCAUAUACGUACACCGAUCCUGAGUAUUAUGGCUCAUGCGCAAGACCGCCUCGUGAACCUUUAUUUCAUGAGUCUGAAGAUACGAAGAAUAUAUACGACCGUCAUUUUGAUUACACAUUCGUGUUGGACAGCGACACAAUGAUAGAGCCUGGAUUUGCUUUAAAGCUGCUUAAAAUAGCGGCUGCACAUCCUGAACGGGGAAUCAUACAACCAGCUAUAAAACUUCAUUGUACAUUCACCGACACUUUGUUUAUGAGUCUUGAACAAACAAGACAAGACAUAUAUGAACCUAUGACAAACGCCGUGACGGAUCUGUUGGGCCAGUCGUCCUAUUUCGGUAAAGCUUUGAUCAGGAACUCUGUUUAUAUUGAAAAUGUCAUCGGAACCAGAGAUAAUCUCAUAGAGCGGGUUCCGGUUGAUGUUCUCAGCCACGACACCUUUGAGGCUGCCCUUCUCAAACCUCUGUACGUCGGGUCCGUUUACCUGCUGGAGGCGCCAUCCUACAACUAUGUUGCAUGGAACAUUCGGGAAAGACGAUGGAACAGAGGCGAGGUUCUCUUGUCCAUGUACUUUUGGAAAAACGCUAUCGGGAAACCAAUGCGAUGGAUCCAGAGAAAAUUACAAGGAGAGAAGUUCAACGCCACCAAACUGAGAACUGAAUCUAAACUGGACUUUGUAACGUCGUACAUUGCUCACUCCGCCCUGCGUCAGAUGUUCAUGAAGCCGCUGUUGCUGGCGUUCAUCGUCAUUCACUACCAGACACAUCUCCAUUACAGGUACGCCUCAAUCAUCAUCGUCAUGUUCCUCGUCCUCGUCUUCCCAAAGUUUGCCACCUGCACCCGGGAAAACUACAAGUUUGUGUUUCUCGAGACCGUCGCCUCCAUUCUCCAGUUCACACCGGAAGCCAUGGUGGGAUGCGUUCGCAUCGUGCGGGCCAUUCAGGCCAAUAUUACCGCCAACGUACAUUGGAUACCUCAAAGAGCCGUGGAAGAAGAAUUUAAAUCCUCCAACCCAUUUUUGUCAGCAUGGAAGCACUUAUGGGGGUAUUCAUUGGUGUCUUUAAUACUUGCGGGUUUGGUAGCUGUAUAUUUCACGGAUGGGAUGUUUAUGUUAUUUAUGCUUUGUUCCUUGUUUGUGCUACCAUUUUACACGGGUGUUACGUGCCUGACUCCAAACAUGACGUCCACAAGACGCACAAUCAUUGCUGAAGAUGAAGAAUCUCUCAUAGGAACUGGUAAAACCCCUCCUGCAAACAAAGACCAUGUGAAACCGGCAACUAAACGGAAAAGCAUAUUCAGGUGUUUCCACAUGUUUGGUGUGUGUUUCUUCUUGGAUGAUCAGUAUUAUUUAAACCGAGUGUGAUAUCAAAUUGAUAACCUAUGAAGAUCCGAGUUAGAAGUGAUCUCCACAACCUAUACUAUCCGUGAAGGAAAACGAAGUUCUAGGGAUAGUCAACUUCCUAAUUGCACUGCGUGCGACGUUUCGGUGUAGGUACUAACAUCGUUAUCAGACAAGU